CUUAUUAUUUCGAAAAAUAUCAAUUGUCAUCUUGUCGUAGAUUAUGACCGAGUUUUUAAUUAAUAAAAUUCCUAGCCGGUCUAUUACAAGUUUAUCUUACCAAAAGGCUGAUGAAGAAACAUCUUUAAUGAAUAUUAAAUCAAAAAAGCGCGCUUUAUCACGAUCAAUUUCUUCACUUAAUAAGUCUUACAAGCGAAGAGAUAAAGGAGAUGAAGAUAUAAAUAAAAAAUGUAAUAAUUCAAGAUCAUAUACCUUAACCUUAAUUGAUUCUCCAAAAUGGGCUGAUCAAAUGGAAACACGAUUUAAGGCAGAAAAUAUAAUCAAUGAGCAACUUGACAAGUAUAAACAAAAUGUGCUCUCAUAUUGUGAAGGUGAUAAAGAAAAUGCUUUAUCUAAAAUUGAAUGUGAUAUUGAUGUACUAUUAAUUAGACAAAAGCAAAUUGAUUAUGGUUAUGGAACUUCUAUCUACAAAAUAUAUAGAAGCAAAGUUUCAAAAAAAAAAAGAUUACAACACCAUCCAACUACCCCAAAUAAAUUUAAAAAGCAUAGCAGAAGAUCAUGGGAUGCACAAAUAAAGCUAUGGAAGAAGCACAUACAUAAUUGGGAUGAUCCUAAUUAUGAAGGCUGGAAUGAUACCAGCAGCAAUAGUUGCAAUGCUAGUGAUAUUUCUUUGACUACCACUUCUUCCCCUUCUUCUGAAAGUUCAUUCGCUUCUAGUAGCAGAAAUCAAAUAACUCCCCUGAGGAGUAAAAAAGUAACCCAAAUUACAUUCGAUUCCACAAGCUCAUCAAUAUCAAGUAAAAACAGCAAUGAUGAUAUAAUUUCCCCCAAAAAGAAUAUUGGCAAAAAUCCUCACAUGAGGAGGAUCACGCCAACCAUGGUUCAUGUUAACAAAUUCUUAUCUCGAAAAAUCAUACCCACUUGUGAAGAAGAUGAAUUUGAACUGAAUGAUGAUUUAAAGGAAUGGCCAGUCUUGAAUAAAGAAGUCGCUUGUUCAGAUUGGAUUCAAUCUGUCAUUACAAGUAUAAACACAAAUGGUGACGCAGAAAAUAAUGGCAAUGAUAAGAUGCAAAACCUCGACAAUACACUUACUAUUUCACCUUAUAUUUACGAGGAAGAAUUAUGUAGAGAUGGUUUUGGUCUGACCAAUAGUUUUAGUGAUAUGCAACCACGAGGAAAAACAAAAUUGCCAACAUAUGAUGAUGACUCAAAUAAUACAACAUCCACUCUUUUGAUUAUCAGAGAAAUGUCGGACAAUAGAAUUAUUAGAAUAGAAGAUAGCAAUGAUACUAACCAAACUCUUAUACUUUCUUCUAAAGACACUGGUAUUGGAUUUUUAAACUUUCAGCUAAAUGGUCAAUAA